AUGGCGCUUGACGACGCAGCUCUUGAGAAAUCCAUCGAGAAGGCGAGGGAUAUCGCUGCCAACGCUCAAGCGAAUGCUAAGAGGGUUGCCGACGACGGAAAUGAGUCUCCAUUAAAGCGCACGGCUCUGGGUGGAAGUGAUGCUGGUGCAACUACCGUUCCCAUGAUGGUUCCUGCAGAGGUGGCCACUGAUGCCAAUACGCCAAUCACAUCGACUCUUCGUGUGCAAAGUGAAGCCGUGCCGAUGCUUAUUGGAGCUCACGGAGAAAGAAUCUCGCAACUGCAAAGUGCAACACAUACUCGGAUUCAAAUCGAUAAGACUGUUUGUGCCGACUCGCCAAAUGAACAGCAGUGCACAAUUUCUGGACUCCCCGAGCACGUCUUACUGGCUCAACGACGUAUUCAAGAGCUGAUGAAUCGCUCGCAUGGGAAUGCUGAGGAGCAUGUCACCGAACAUAUCAUGAUCCCUCCAACUAAAGUGGGACUACUCAUUGGGCCAAAGGGCGCUACGAUUAUCUCGUUGAAGAGUCAAAGUGGGGCUGAAAUGCGAAUUAAUCAAGCCACUACCUGUGUUACGGGCGAAUCAAAGCACUUGACGAUUACUGGAACAAAAGAAGCGGUGGAGAAGGCAAAGGCAUUGGUGGCUAGAACGAUUGAAGGCGUAGCAGCUGUCUACACGAGCGCAUCCCACUCAAAUUCGGCGAUGAACGAAACUCGCACAUCAUUUAGUGGAGAAACUAUACAAGGAGAGAUUAUCGUGCCUCGUAUCGCAGUCGGACGAAUCAUCGGCCGAGGUGGCGAAGUCAUUAAGAACAUUGGGCGUCGCACAAAUUGCCAGAUUCAAUUCAAAAAGGAUGAUGAUAUGUCCGCACAAGAGAGAACUGCAGUUAUUUUGGCUAAAACUAAGGAUUCACUUGUGGAGGCUACUCAGCUCAUCACCGACAUUGUUCAAGCGCCUAGCGCAAACUUUGGUGGAAGAUCCGAAAACGUUGGACCGAGUGAUGGAGGCUAUCGAGGAGCAGGGUAUGGUCAGCCACAGGAGACGUUUUACAUGAAAAUUCCCGUCAACAAAGCCGGAUUUGUAAUUGGAAAAGGGGGAGAAACGAUCAAACAAAUCAAUGCAGAAUCAGGAGCAUUUUGCCGCCUCGUGGAUGAUGCACAACAUGAUACGCGCACUUUUCGUAUAACUGGAACGCCCCAGCAAGUACAUCAUGCUAAACAUUUGAUCCUUGUAAAGGUUGGUGAUGUUCUACCUGGAUCUCCAAUGCCACCAAUGCGUGAAACGUCAGCUUAUUCCCCACAACAACCUAUGCAAGCAUAUGGUGAACAGCAGCUUCAAUAUUGGCCACAACAAGGUAUGCAUCAUCAACAACAGUGGAAUCAGUACCAGAUGCCGAUCCAAUUGCAAAACGCUGGAGUUGCAAAUGCCUCUUCUCAAAUGUUGCCAAUGAUGUCUAUACAAUGUCAACAGCAAAUCUGCAAUCAAUUGAUGACUGAUCAAUUCCAGCAUCGGCAGAUGCUGCAGCAAUCUCAGCAGUCACAACCCGACUACUCGCGUGCUUGGGUUGAUUACUAUCGGCAACUUGGGAUGCACGAGCAGGCUGAUGCUGUCGAAGCUGCUAUCCGGGCCCGCGGUUUG